UGGACGCGAGCAGAGACUUUUUCAGACACUGAUAAAUGAUCGGAGUUUCAGAAUAAACGUCCUAACUAAACAGACACGAACUUUUAUGUUGAAAAACUAAAAAUAACCUUUUUGGUGUCGUUUAAAUGUCUGCGUCACGAUACGCAGCGGAUGACGCCCAUACGCGCGCGCGUGAAGCGCGUAGGUUUGUCCCACUUUGCUCCUUUUUUCUCACUGUCUGCCGCGCGCGUGCGCGUUUGUUAUGAGGAGGGGGGGUGGACAUGUCGAGGCAGGCUGAAGGUGUGGCGUUCAAAACCGUUCUCGUCACGCGAGGAAACUUAACGCGGCGCCCCCCCAGUGCGCGUGGACUAAAGCAGAGAGCGGAGAGCUGAUCCGGAACCGCAGUCGGACCUGAAACCAGCAGCAGCUGCAGAAGCCGGGAGAUCUCGGAUCGUGCAGUGCUUCAUUUUCCACUAUCCUUCGUUAGCUGUCCUACAGUCAUUAACCAUGCGCAGAUUCAGCUCAGAGGGAUCCCUGAUGGAGCUGGACUUCCUGGAACUGAGGAAGACGGUUCUAAAGGGAGCGGGCAAAGGGAUCAAGAAAGACUCCUACACUAUUUACCCGCAGGAUGACCGACACGCCAAAGCGUCCAAAACGGCCCCCGUCAACCAGGAGCACCAUGGCGGCAACGAGAAGAGGGGCCGGCUGAUCAAAGACCUCAGCAUCAGCGCAGAGAACCUGGUCGACAUGGACAAGGUCAGCCCGAGGCUGCUGGGAGCGUGCAGCCUCAACGAAAGCUUCAGGGCCUACAGCGAUGGCCAGCUGGCUCCGGCCGCCAACGGCAGCAUGGAGAGCAUGGAGAAGGACAGGACGCAGGCAUCCUCAUCCUCGCUGCCUCGCAGCCGGGCGAGGUUGAUGACUGCAAAGCUGCACCUCAAGAGUCUGUUCAGCCAGAGUCCUCAUUCCUCCAACUCCAACCUGUACAACCCAGACCAGAAGGACAGCGCACAGGAGAGGCGCUCUCGCAUGCUCUUCAUGCGACAGUGGAGUCAGGUGGGCCACACCAAAAGGAAGAAGUUCAGGCGGGCGGAGCUGGAGAAGUGGGCGGAGUCUCUGAACACCUUGCUUGCCUCCUCGACGGGGGUAGCGGUGUUCGCAGCCUUCUUGCGUUCAGAGUUCAGCGAGGAGAACCUGCAGUUCUACUUGGCCUGCCAACAGUACCAGCACUCGUCGAACAAAUUCAGCCUACAGAGGAGGGCUAAGGCCAUCCGGACCACCUACAUCGAACCAGGAUCCCCACGUGAGGUGAAUCUGGACAGCAAGACGAGGGACCUCACCCUCCAGCUGCUGCAGGCGCCCUCACACACCUCCCUGAACGCGGCUCAGAAACGGAUCUACUUUCUACUGGACACAGACUGUUACCCCCGCUUCCUGCAGUCCCCCGUCUACCAGAGCUUACUAGAUGAGGCUGACUAGAGGUCAGAGUUCUGGAUUACACGACGUCCAGGACUUGAGAGGACGUUGCUUCCAGUACGACAGAGUCUUCGAGUUAGGCACUUUAGAGCUCCCGUGUGACUGUUGGGCGAGUCUUGCUCCUCGUCAAACUGGUGGAUGUCUGCUCUACGUUCCAACAUCCAAGUGGUUCCUGAACAGUUUGUGGAGCAGACUUCAAGCCUCAAUCCUGUCCAGAUCUGAGGUAUCUCCUCCACAUGGGGGGGGAUCCAGACUUCUCCAGGCCGUCUGAAUCCACCUCAGUAUCUUCUCCAGUUCCCUGCUUCUUCGGAAUGUGAUGUUUUUUUUUUAUUCGAGACUCUUAACACUGACCUAUGAGUCAUUCUGGCAGAAGCGGCUCCUCAUUCAGGUCUGACUCACCCAUUCUGUAGCUUUCCACUUUCACGUCAGCUUGAAGGACUCGCAGAAACGACAAAACAAAUGGCAGCUUCUUCAACAAAACUGCACAUUCCAGCGAAAAGGGUCAUGUCGAGCUGAGGGUGCGCACGUGCAGAAGUGCAGCUUCUUGUCUUUGAGUCGUUUGUGCUGCCUUGAUUUGCUCUGAAAAGUGGAUCAGAGAAGCGUAGUCUCCACGUGCUGCAGAGAAGGAUUGAAGGAGACACAGAUAAAGAUCUACUCGCUGCCUCGUCCAUCAAAGACCUUGUUCAUUUUUACUGAGGUGUCAUGGCAAACUUGAAUAAAUGGAAGCUUUGUGCUUGGGAUCUUCGAGUUCGCUCCAACUGAUGCUCAGUCGAACUGUCCAUAAAGUCAAUGUGAAAUAAGAA